AUGCCCGUUCUUCAGGAGAAGGCCCGGAAUUUAAUAACUUGGAGAAAGAAGUUGCUCGUUUCAUCCCAUGAUAUGAUAUUGUUAGUAGUUGGGUUUUUGGUUGUGUAUCAUCUAUUCAGCUACAGAGCUCUAUUACAUCAAUCCACAUCAACAACGGCCCCCAAGUGUACUCCACAUACUCGACUUAACGAAGCCGUGGUGUUGGCAGACGAUCCCUUGCUCGCUCGGAACAAUUAUCCUACAGUUAAUCCAAGUUUUGAACAUCAAAUCAAUGGGUCCCAGGCUAUGGUAGCCUCAGAUGUUCCUCUCUGUCUGACUUUAGGUAAGCGCAUCUUAAUAGAUGGUGGUAAUGCAGCAGAUGCCGCCAUAACUGUGGCUUUAUGUAUUGGAGUAGUCAAUUCGCAUUCAAGUGGUAUAGGUGGAGGUGGAUAUAUUAUAUCUAAAUUGGGAGACAAAUACGUCUCCAUUAAUGCUAGGGAAUCUGCACCUCAAGCUGCUCAUAAAUCAAUGUAUGAUUCCAAUUAUUUAUUAUCGAAAGUUGGAGGGUUGGCCGUGGCUGUUCCUGGUGAGUUAAAAGGUCUUUCCACAUUGUAUGAAACUCAUGGGAGUAAGAAUUUAAGUUGGGCUCGUUUAAUCGAGCCUGUUAUAGAAUUAUGUGAACGAGGAUUUCAAGUUACUCCUGUUUUACAUGAUGCUUUGGUUGCCCAGCUGACUCUUAUCUUUCCUAGAGCUCCACAAUUGCUGUAUGAUUGGGAUUUUAUUUUCAAACAUAAUGGUGAUUUGGUUGAAGUAGGUGAUUGGGUCAGACGUCCACUUUUGGCAAAUACGUUACGGUUGAUUGCCAAUAAUGGCAGUAGUGAUGUGUUUUAUGAUCCAGAGGGUCCUAUAGCACCGCAUUUAGUACGUCAAAUCAAAAAAUUAGGUGGGGUUAUGGAGGCUGAAGAUUUUGCAGCUUAUAAAGUUGAAGUAGAAGAACCAAUAAAGAAGGAAUAUCUGUUUAGAGAUGGAAAGAAAUAUACUGUUUAUUCUUCCAAUGGUAACUCUGGUGGGUUAGUUCUUCAUGGUGGAUUAAACUUAUUUGAAAAGUUAUAUAAAGGAGAUGACCCCUUGGAUUUACAUUCACAUAAAAUAGUGGAACUGAUGAAAUGGAUGGCCAGUAUUAGAUCUCAUUUAGGUGAUUUCCUGAUGAAUUCUACUGCCCGUGCAAUGAAACAACAAUUGAUCGAUAAAUAUACAAGCAACCAAUGGGCUUAUGAUGUUAUCGAACUGGGAGAUUAUAAAAACAAUCAGACUUUCCCCUGGAAACAUUAUAAACCUGCUUAUGAAGUUGUUGAAGACAAAGGUACCUCUCAUUUCACAGUUGUUGAUUCUAAUGGUAAUGCAGUUGGUAUGACAACUACGGUCAACUUAUAUUUUGGAUCUAGUGUGUAUGAUCCAGUUACAGGAAUUAUUUUGAAUGAUGAAAUGGACGAUUUUCUGGUUCCUGGCGAACCUAAUGCCUUUAACUUGACUCCCUCAAUUUAUAAUUUCAUUAGUCCUGGGAAAAGGCCUUUGAGUUCCACAUCACCUACUAUAAUUGUUGAUGAUGAAACAAAUCACGUCAAGAUGCUUAUUGGAGCAGCAGGUGGAUCUCGGAUUACCACGGCUGUAUUUCAAGCUAUAGUUCGGGUAUUAUAUGAUGAUAAAUCAUUACUACAAGCAAUCAGCUACCCCAGAUUUCACCAUCAAUUGAUACCUGAAUUAUUUAUGGUUGAAAAUUUUACUGUUUGGAGAGAAGAGUUGGUGCAGACUUUAGGAACGUGUAUUGGAAGUUCACAAGUUAUAGAUUCUUUGGGUGCAAAGGGUCAUGAGUUUUAUCAGAGUGGAUCUGUUACAGCUAUGAACGGGAUUUUUUGGGAAGAGGAUAAACAAGUUUACCACGGAGUCAGCGAUUUCUGGCGGAAAAUGGGUCGGGCGGACGGCUUUUGA